ACCUUAAUUACCAUUCCUUUCUUGAUACUAAUCUUAAUUAUCAUCCACCCAAAUAAUAAAAUCUCUUUGUCUGUUCAAUUAGAUCCCAAAUGUCCAAAACUUUCCAAUUGGAUUAGUGUGUGCUGGCAGCCACUGGUCAUUUUUAUCUUCGUACUCUCCGAACCUCGAUCUUCUUGUCCCCUUUCCAACUUUGUUGUGCUGGACAUAUUUGGUUGCUUUGAAAGAAAAAAACUCAGAACAGGAAAUCCUAUUCAAGACCAAGAAAUGAGGUAAUAUCUUGAAAAACAGGGUAGAGUUAUGGUUGCCUUACACCUGCUCUUGUCCUGUAAUAUUUUUUAUCAUGUUCAAGAUUUAUGUCUACUUUUAGUUCUCUUAUCAGAUUUGUGUCUCUUAAAUUCUUGUUUUGUUGUCUGCACUAACUUAUGAAAACAGAGCAAAUAAAAAGAGAGUUUUGUUGCUAUCUUUUUUAUGGAUUUUUUUUUCUUUUGUUGAUUUUUGAUUUACGAGGUUUAAGGAGGAGAUAGAAAUAAAAAGAAAAAAGAAAAAAGAAUCAGGUUCAUGGCAGGAUGGUUAAUUUUAAAAAUGGGUCUGCUUUAGAUUGUCCUGAUGAUAUUAUUUAUAGAUACAAGGGUGGUGGUGGUUGUCCAGAUAUUAAUCAUCCUAUGAAGGAUGAGAUUAAGGAGUGUAUUGUUGUUGAUGAUUCCGAUGAGGAUGAUUGUGAUUGUGAGGAUAAAGUAGUAUGCUUGUUUGAUGAAGUGGUUUCGAUUUUUUUGAAUGAGGCUGCAGAUGGAGGGUGUAUUAGGCCUAUUCCAGCAUUGCUCGGUGAUGGGCAAUCGUUAGAUUUGUUCAAACUCUUUGGGGUUGUGAGAAAGAGAGGCGGGUUUGAUUUGGUAAAUGGUUUUUGGAGCUUUGUGGCUAAAGAAUUAGGGUUGGAUCUUCAAUUUUCUCCCUCUGUUAAAUUGAUUUAUAUUAAGUAUUUGUAUGAGUUGGAAAAAUGUAUGAAGAUUUGUAGCGAUGAGAAGUUAAGAAAGGAGAUGCAUCAAUGUGAUGGGAAUUUGAGUAUUUCGUUGUUGGAGCUAGAGAUGCAGUUUAGAAGUUUGUUAUCGCUUAGAUGUGAUAGAAAGCAGGGGGAUGGUAAAUUUGCUUCACUAGGAUAUAAGGUAAAUGGCAGGUACAUUGAAACGGACACUGGGAAGAGAAAAAAAGGUUUGUUAGGCACCAAAGAUGUACAUCGAAUACACAAUGAUGUUGAAGAUAGGAAUGGUGAUGAUGAUGAAAAGUUUCAUGGUGGAAAGGAGAAUUACAGUAAUGAUAGUGAUGAUGAUGUUGUGAUCUUGGAUCCAAGUAUUGCUAAGAAAGAAUUCAAUUCCCGCAAGAGAAAACGAGAAUCUCUAACAAGAAUGCUUAACUGGGUAAUUCAAAUUGCAAAAUGUCCUGAUGAUCCUUCUAUUCGAGUAAUUCAUAGAGGUGAUGAGUUAUGGUCCCAAGCAAUAAGGGCACGAGAAGCUCUCUUGCAAAGAAGGCAUGUCAAUCCUAACAUCGAACAAUCGCUCGUGCAGGUAUGCAAUAUGAACUUACAGAACAAUCAAAAGAUGCAUCCAUCCAUGUUUGAGGAUGUUAGUUUUCUAAGUGAGCAGUCUGCCGAGAGGUCAAGAUGCAGCAAGCGGCUUCCUGCUAUAGUGAAACCUCAUUUAUGCUAUUGUUGUAAUUCAUGUUCAGCCCAUCAAAGUAAAUCAGCAAGUCUUCUCAAGUGUGAGAACGCCUGUAAGGAGCAAGAACUUGUCAUUGAUGAUUUAUCAUCCAAGCACACAACGCUCAUUGGAUCUGGGGAUAAGCAUGUCCGUAGGCAUGUGGCUGUGGGUCCUCUCUUCCAAGCUGAAGUCCCUGAGUGGACUGGUGUGGUUUCUGAGAGUGCCUCUAAAUGGCUGGGCACACGACUAUGGCCUUUGGAAUGUGAAAACCAUAAUGCUCCAGUUGUAAUGGAUACAAUCGGAAAGGGAGGGAUCAGUCUAUGUGGUUGUCAGCUUCCAGGUUCAGUUGGAUGUGUUAGAUUUCAUAUUGCUGAAAAAAGAAUGAAAUUGAAGCUCGAACUGGGUCCUUUGUUCUAUCAUUGGCGGUUUGAUCACAUGGGUGAAGAAGUUUCACUUAGAUGGACCCCUGAAGAAGAAAAGAUAUUCAAGGAUAUGGUCAGGUUUAACCCUCAAUCUGCAGGCAAGUGCUUUUGGGACAACAAACGUAAGUAUUUUCCUAGAAAGACCAGGGAAGAAUUGAUAAGCUAUUACUUCAAUGCAUAUCUUGUUCAGCGCAGAAGUUAUCAGAACCGUGUAACUCCAAAAUAUAUUGAUAGUGAUGAUGAUGAAACAAAGUUUGGAUCUCUGAGUUAUGCUUAUGGUCAUGAAGCACUCACGGUUCCUGGUGCCAGCAUGUUGAUCUGUUCUGAGAAUAAACAAUGCACCGAUUUCACAUAGACAGGAAUUCAGGUUCAGAACAGUGUCUCUGAUCAGAAAAUUGAAUCCCUUUCCAUAACACCACAACGUAACUCAAUGCACCCAACAAUUUGAUUGGACCAGGUAGUCCAGAUGCAGAUGUGAACACUACUACUGCAGGCAGAGUUUUCUUGAUAAAAUGGGAAGAAAGAAAUUGCAUGAUAUGCUGAAAGUUCCCUCACGCUACUUCUCGAGUAACUCGAAUUAUGCAUUUGUGUACAUCGAUUUUCAGGAGCCGCGUUACUAUUUAAAACGGCAGCAUUAUCUAGACCAUCAUCCCAUACCCGCUACUGUAUCUGGGAUGAAGUAAAUUUUAGGAACGAAAGAGAGUUGCAGAUAGUCGUGUGGCUUUUUUUUUUCUUUAUUUUUUUUGUGUGUUCAAAAUGUUGUAUAUGGUUGCAUGCCUGCCCGUGUGAAUUCUUUAAACCAUUGUUCAAGGUUUUGGUGGACGUCGCAGUGGUUGUCUCUGCGAAGGUAACUUUCCUUCUCCCACUACGUACCGUUUCCCAGACCCUUACCCUUUCGAUGAUGUUAAAUAUUCCCGGAGUGGUUGCGUGUAUUACUGGCAGUUUGAGGAUCGAUGUUCAUAGAAAGUUGUACCAUCUCACAAUCUGAUCUCAAAGAUGUCUCUUUGUUUAUAA